AUGCAAGAACAGUCAAGGAAGCCAAAAGGAGGAUGGAGGCAGCUGGAAUUUCGGUACGUCAUGUGCAUUCCUACAUCUCUCUGUGCAAUUUGCAUAUUUGCUGUUGUCUUUGUGAUAUCUCUCAUACUCGGAGCAGUCCUUUUAUCCUACUCAUAUCAAAUCGUCGAUUACAAAGCUCGUUAUGACGAUAUAUGUGAAGAUAAAAUUAAUAAAAUUUGCCCCAUCAGAUUAAAUUUCACUGACAAGUUAUCAAAGAUAAUUAAAAUAUGGCGUCUUCGUCUGGGCAUGGCUCCCGGCCAUGCAGCCUCGACUCAUAUUUUAAUUAUAUCCGGCAAGGUUUUUACCAUUUCAGAGAUGGACAGCAAUGCUAGGUAAGCAAUUCUGGUAGCUUUCAGAGCCUAGCCCAAGUCUAUUCUCAGGGGUGGAUUUUUCCUCGUGGGGAAGGAAGGUGCAAGGUUGGAAAGGGGAAGCCCAGCAAAGUCCUCUGGACCAUUCGGGCAACUCCCUAGCGUGAAACUGGGCGUUACGUCCCAGGCUUUGCAUUUUUCCUUUUUGCCGAUAGCCGACCAGAAAAAUCCAUUUUUUUGGGUUUUUUCGGAAAAGCAACCCAUGUACAAGCAAGUAGCUCAUCCAUGAGCCGUCGAAGACGUGGAUAUUUGCCCUGGAAGCACCCUGGUGAUCAAAGCGAGUUUGUCUCCAGCAGACUGGUGGGCCCGAUGCGACGAAAGGCGAGUGAUAAACCUGGAGUUGUAACCCCGUAGUGGACGUUAAAGCGAUAUAAAUUCUAAUGUAAUGUAAUGACAAGUUAUCAAAGCCAGUCUACCUUUAUUUCGAACUGAAAAACUACUUCCAAAAUCAUCGAAAAUACGUCAAGUCAUAUUGUCAAAACCAACUUGCAGAUAAAUCCUAUGACUCCUCUUCUUGUCAAUAUUGCUCUCCUUACCUCCGCGCAGAUGAUUAUCCCGAUGAUAAGCGCAAUAAAAUAACAAAGCUUGAUGGGGUUUCAAAAUUUAAAGAUCAUGAUAUCGUCAACCCUUGCGGUCUUAUUGCUUUUAGCUUAUUUCGAGAUAAGUUUUACCUCAUUGACAAAAGUGGUAACAAUAUUACAAUUGAAGAUAAUGAUAUUCAUUGGUUUACUGAUGAUGAUUCAAAAUCUCAUUUUUACUUAUAAGCCUUUCUUUGCUUGAAGUUUACCCUCCUCUUCGUUGUUUCUUACAGAUGCCUGGCAUAACUUUUUCUAUAGCUUAUUAGUUUUUUUUCUCUCUAUUUCAACAGCUCUCCUUCCAGCUUUCCUGCGAAUUAACUUGUGUCCUUCAUGGGCGCUAAAGAUCCCAGUAUUCAUUACCUUGGGUUUGUGGUAUACUGGAUGGCGUUAUAAAUUGAGAACCUUCGGCUAUAUUCUUUAUCAUUUCUGAGAAAAUUCUUUAAGUGUGGUCAAACUUUGUAAUCAAAAUUGACAAAAAAGAAUUUUCUAUUUAGAAAGAAAUGAAAAUUUGAUGUCACCAUAUUUUUAUUAUUGUGAUUAUGAUUCAAAAUACAAAAAUUCUGAUGACUAUAAGCAAAAGCAAUAUAAAGACUUUGAAGAUCCACAUUUUAAAGUUUGGAUGAGGACUUCAGCUACUUCUACUGUAAGAAAACUUUAUGGGAAAAUUGAUAAGAACUUGGAUGGGAAAGAUAUGUGACUUAAUAUUUCGAAUUAUGAAGAUUAUAGCGAUUUUGAUGGAGAGAAGUGGGUUAUUUUUAGUACUACAACAGGAAUUGGAGGGAAAAAUUUGGUUUUAGGAUGGUCGCUAAUUGUUAUUGCAAUUUUAAGCAUGGUUUGGAUUAUAGCAUUUAGUUUGAUUGCUUAUUCGAAGAAAUCUGUAGAUCUUGAGGCGGAGUUGAAGAAGCUAUUAUAA